AUGGCUUACCGGCUAUUAGCACCACUGCUACUAUGCAGUGCGGCCCUCGCUCAGGAUACCAGCUCCGUGUCAGACUCGAGAACAACGGAGACACAAUCGGCAACUUCCACUGAGGAGACUCCGACAGGCACAUAUUUGACAUAUACAUCACAAGAAUCAAACUUGGGAACCUUGACAGAUGAUGCCUCGACGACCAUGAGCAGCAAUGUCACUCAGUCGACUGUGUCAACAACGGAUAGUAGGACCUUUUUGACCGGAUCGUCGGCCACAGCUUCGGGCAACUUUUCUACCACGGCUACCACCGUGGCAACGCCCACUGUCACCAACACGAGGCCGUGCAACAACUAUGCUGAGUUUUGUAGUCGCAACUAUGGCAACAUCACCGAAGUUGCUUGCCACAACUCUCCUUUUAUCACACAGAACAAUCUGGCUGCGAAUCAAAAGUACGACGUCACAUACCAGCUCAACGAUGGUGUCCGUUUUUUGCAGGCCCAGAUUCAAUGGCCCACGAAUGGUACUGAGCCGCACUUUUGCCAUACCAGCUGUGAUAUUCUCGAUGCUGGUCCUAUCACAGAAUGGUUGACCACGGUCAAGGACUGGGUUGUAUCUCACCCUUACGAUGUCGUAACUAUCUUGCUUGGCAACGGCAAUUACUCGGUGCCAUCCCUCUACUAUCCGUAUAUUGAGUCGACAGGCAUUCUGGACUAUGUCUAUACGCCACCCCUGGUGCCCAUGACAUUGAACGAUUGGCCAACUUUGAGCGAAAUGAUCCUGUCAGGCAAGCGAGUCGUCAUGUUUUUGGACUACAUGGCCAACCAGACCGAGUAUCCUUGGCUGCUAGACGAGUUCUCGCAGAUGUGGGAGACACCCUUUGACCCCACGGACACCUCCUUCCCUUGCACCGUGGAAAGACCCCCGGAUCUGGCAGACGCCGACGCUCAAAACCGUCUCUACAUGAUCAAUCAUAACCUGAACCUCGAGCUGUCGCUCUUGGGAGUGAGCAUGCUCGUACCGGCGAGAGCUGAGCUCAAUGUCACCAACGCCGUCAACGGUACUGGUAGCUUGGGCUUGUCGGGCGACAAUUGCGUCAACAUGUGGGGAAGGCCCCCGAAAUUCCUAAAUGUCGACUACUACAACACUGGUAGCUACCCAGGUUCCGUGUUCGAAGUAGCCGCAAACCUCAACAAUGUUACCUAUAGUCGCAGUUGCUGUGGCACAACCAGCGCCGGCUCCAAGCUGGGACUUGGCAUCCUAUCAUACCCGGUUGUGGUGUUGGUGGCUACCAUCUCGGCGGCACUGUUGAGCAUUUGA